CAUAAGUCAGAUGGCAGCACGCUGGACAAACAUCGCCCCGGGAAGAUUCAUAAUGAUUGUGUGAUAGUGUUUUCUUCAUAUUUAUUGUCUCAUUGUAUGAUUUAUGGAUGAACUGUAAGUGCGCGAAAUGCAUGUAACCAGUGUCAUGUUGAUAUAUUUAUAUGGCUUCAAAUUAAUUGAGGAUAAUUGUUUUGAAGCAGGAGGAGUCGUGGACUUAGUCUCUGUGAGCCGAGAAUGAAAUGGCUUCGAACAGAUCUUGCAAAAAUAAGCCCAACGUAUUCUGCUACAUCUGCGGCGAAUACACCAUUGUUCCUAACAGGAAUCCAGUCACAAGUUUCAUAAAGCGUGCUUACCAUGCUUAUUUUAAUAUUAAACUUGGUGACCAGGAUAAAGCCUGGACGCCACACAUGGUAUGCAAGGCAUGUGCCGAGAAUCUGCGUCAGUGGACCAAGGGCAAGAAGAGUUGUCUGAAGUUCGGAAUUCCCAUGAUCUGGAGGGAGCCGACAAACCAUGCCACUGAUUGUUACUUCUGUGCUAUUGAUAUAACUGGGGUCAACAGAAAAAACAGGAGCAGCCUUAAAUAUCCUGAUCUUCAAUCAGCACGUCGUCCUGUAGCUCACUGUGAUGAAAUCCCAGUACCUGUCUUUAGAGAACUUCCUGACAUUAGUGAUAAAGAUCCCUCCGGUGACCAAGAAGAUGAAGAAGACGAAGUGGUUCUUGACGAUAAUGCUCCACAUCCUUUUUCCCGAAAUGAGCUGGAUGAUCUAGUCCGCGAUCUCAGCUUGUCAAAGUCCUCGGCCGAACUGUUGGCAUCCAAGCUGAAGGAAAAAAACCUCAUCACUGACAGUGCUCGCAUCACCUACCGCAACAGGCAUCAAGAGUACCUCUGUUUUUUCUCUGAAGAGAAAGGCUUGGUGUACUGUACGAAUAUUGCGGAUCUUCUGCACAAGCUUGGAGUGCCACACUACGAUCCCAAAGAUUGGACACUGUUCAUUGACAGCAGCAAGCUAUUAUUGAAAUGUUUUCUGCUGCACAACGACAACCAGUUUGCCUCUGUACCCCUCGCUCACGCGACUCACACUCUGACGGAGAAGUAUGAAGCAGUGAAGUAUGUGCUGGAGAAAAUUCGUUAUGAUCAGCAUGAGUGGGUUAUUUGUGUUGACCUGAAGAUGGUGACUUGUCUGUUGGGACAAGAGUCCGGGUACACCAAGUACCCAUGCUUUCUGUGCAUGUGGAAUAGUAGGGACGAAUUUAGUCACUUCACAAAGAAGAACUGGCCUGUGCGGGAGGAACUAGAGCCUUGCAGAGCAAGAAACGUCAACAACACUCUGGUGGACAAAGACAGGAUAAUCUUUCCGCCGCUGCACAUCAAGCUCGACUUGAUCAAGCAGUUCACCAAAGCUCUGGACAAGGAGGGUGGCUGCUUCAUGUACCUGUGCCAGGCUUUUCCAGGAUUGACCAUGGAAAAAUUGGAAGCUGGCAGCUUUGACGGUCGUCAACUCCGUCAGCUCAUCAGAGAUCCUGAAUUUGAAAACUCAAUGAACGAAGUGGAACUGAUAACGUGGAAGGCUUUUGUUCUGGUUGUGAAGAACUUUCUUGGCAACAACAGGGCCAGGAACUACUUUGAACUCGUCAACGAUAUGAUUGUUGCUUUCAAACACCUCGGAUGCAUCAUGAGCAUCAAAAUGCAUUACUUAUUCUCUCAUACGGAUCGGUUUCCUGAGAAUCUUGGAUCAUUGAGUGACGAGCAUUGGGAGAGAUUCCACCAGGAGAUGGAAGAGAUGGAGAGCAUGUAUCAGGGUCGCUGGGAUGCUGUCAUGAUGGCUGAUUACUGUUGGACUCUGAAGAGAGACACCCCUGUCGCUAAGCAUUCGAGAGGUUCAAAUAAACGGAAGUUCAUGCCCUGAAUUUUGAACAAUGAUGACGUAACAUUUAAUUCACAUGUACUUUUACCAGUGUCUACUAUUGUAACCGAGGUUUUUAACAUUUGAUUCGUGAACUGUGUUAGAAAACUUUUUUUUUCUUGAAAAUCUAUUUCAGAUGAGAAAUAUGAACAAGAAUCAACGGAUAUUACAAAACGAUAAUCGAUUUAGUAAAAUCAGAUUUUUAAAAAAUCAACUUAGCUUAAAAACCUGAGCUGAACAAGAGGAACAGUUGUCAUUUUCGGAUUCAGUGAUGCAAAAUUGUCUCUAAAUCAGUUUAAAAACAUAUACAGCUUACUUGAUUUGUUACCCUGUGUUAUUACUAGCAAAUUAAAAGGCAGGUGAUAGAAGUACAGAAAAUAAUAGACAGCCACAUCCAUUCGCUGACACUAACCAAAGUAGUUAUGAUAGAAUCUCCAAGAGCGAUGUGACAGCAAGUUUUUCUAUUAAAUUUCUUAAUUUUAACAUUAAAAGAAACUGGGAAGGUCAUCUGCGAAAGUGAAUCUCCAUCCUCUAAUACUCGCUGUCAGUAGUCACUUGUGAAAAAAGGAUGGGCUUAAAAAGGAAAAAAUGCUGCUCUACUCUGCAAGAUACAGAUAUAUUUAGGGUCUGCGCUUGCGAGACAGCUGAACUAUACAUAGUAAUGUAUCUGGUACUAAAUCACUCCACAGACACCCUUAUACGAUGAGCACAGGUGAUUGAAAAUAUCUUUUCAAUAUUUUGAAGUUCUCGAAACGAAAUGUGAAGAAAUACUCCUUCACGCCCAGACGAUAUUCGGUGUUCUUUGCGGUGUUGAAUCCGUAAGAUUUUUAUCAGCUAGUCAUAAACGUAAUCACAAGAACAAGAGGUAUCAUUUCCUGUGAAUUUCUGGCUCUGCUGAAGCCUUUAGAGAUGAUUGAGUGACAGUUGAUCAUUUUAUUGAUUGUGAUGGUAAAGAUGAUGAGGAUGUACUUGUUAAUGAUAGAGUAAUUGUAAAGGUAAUCGUGACUGAAUGUGAUAUUAGUAUAUGAAGCAUUGUAUAUAUGCGAACUAUUUAUAUAAAGUAGUGAAACCUUAA